GCCGCUCUCUUGAACCGUAGCCCUACUCCAUUGAAUUCGGUUAUUAAUGAUCUAUUGGCUGAGGAACAACGACUGAAAGUUCUAUCACUUCCUUCCUCGACUCCGGGAUCAUCUGAUAUGGUGCUUGCUGUGUCCACCACUACACCAACACGUGGCUCCUCUCCUUUAACUUGUCGCGGCUGCAACAAGGUGGUUCAUGUUGUUGCUCAAUGCAAAGAAUGGUGCGCUUAUUGUCGACGAACUGGUCAUGGUAUUCAAGACUGCCGUACACGUGCAUAUGCAUCUUCUUCCGGCCGUGGACGUGGUGGUCGUGGUCGUGGCCGUGGUCGUGCUCUUUCUGCUACUGCUGCCACUAUUUCUUCCGAGCCGUCUGUUAGUGAUUCUACAUCUACUGUUUCUGCUGAAGGUCUUUCAUCUCCGUUGACUCCUGCGAUGCUCCAGCAAAUCGUUCAGGCCCUUUCUGCGGCCGGUAUGUCAGGAUCUGGCAACGGGGAAGGUACUUGGGAGGGGUAGGCGGCAUGGUCGUCUGUACGUGUUGGAUUUUGAUCCAUCUGUCACUUCGGCCCGUUGUUUCUUUUCUCCAUCUUCAUCAGAUAUUUAUUCGGCAAAUAAAUUGUGGAAACUGUGACACUUUCGCCUGGGUCAUCCACAUUCCGAUCGGUCACUUCAGUUAAUUUCGUUUGACAUGUUAGGGAAUAUUUCUCUUAAUAAAAAUGAUUUGGAUUAUUCUUGUUCUUCCUGUUGUCUUUCAAAAAGUAAGUGUGUUCCAUUUUCCCUAAGUACUACAAAAUCAUCUUCUAUGUUUGAACUUGUGCAUACGGAUGUCUGGGGUCCUUCACCAAUUAUGUCUCUCUCUGGGUUACGAUACUAUGUUAUAUUGAUUGAUGAUUUCACACGUUAC